AUGAUUCGAUUACUCGUCUUGGCUGUCACAGCCCUUGUGGUGAAGUCUGAAGAGGAAGUAAUGAGGAAUUUAACUACUGUUACCUGGGCUCAUGCCGUUAAUAACAAAACGUAUUUGGACGCGGCUCUCGCAAGUGACAUCUGCAUGUUGGAGGCUGAUAUAGUCCUGGGAACUAUCAUCGGCAAAGAGGGUCCACCGAUUCCUGUUAUGGCUCACCCUCCAGCCACCAGCUCGGAUCUUUCCCUCGCCGAUUUCCUGUCGACCGUAGCAAAGUACAACAACGUGAACUCUAAACAGAAAGGAGUCAAGUUGGACUUUAAGACUAUUGAGGCUUAUGAGAAGAGUCAGGAGUUGAUUGCUCAAUAUAGCAAGCCUCAGAUAACUUUCCCACUAUGGCUGAACGCUGAUAUCCUGCCAGGCCCUGUGGACUCCACUACGAAGCCGGUUGACCCUGUUAAGUUCCUGGAACUCGGUGCUAAGCAUCCACGCGCAGUCCUCUCCGUGGGUUGGACCACGAACUAUGGCGGGAGUAUCACCGAAGGAGAGUAUAGCGGGGAGCAGAUAGGCACUAUGCUGAGAAUGAUCAACGAACACCGUAUCAAUCAAACUGUAACUUUUCCAGUUCGCGCAGGCUUAGCAGCUAACAGUCAGCCUGUAAUCUUAGACCUUCUUCGAGAAACAUCUUCUCUCAAUUGUUCAAUGACUGUCUGGUCCAGCGAGGGAGACCACGUGGAGGUGAACCGUUUGCGAGCCCUGAUUCUCACGGUUGGGUUAGAGAGAACAUACCUGGAUGUACCCCAGGACCUGGCAGCUAAACUUCACCUUCCCCCGCCUGAUGCUAAGAAGAAUUAA